GCUCUCUGGUUUCCUCAGGACUCUUUUGUGGUAGUUUUCUCUCUGGCCUCGGGGAAAGUGGUUUACGCGUCUGAGCAAGCCUCCAGCGUGCUCCACUGCAAGAGGAAGUUUCUGGAAUCGGCCAAGUUUGUGGAGCUGCUGUACCAUCAGGAUGUCAAUGUGUUUUACUCUCAUACGGCGCAGCCACGACUGCCACCCUGGAACAUGGGCACAGACAGCGCGGCGGUUCUGUUUGAGUGUGCACAGGUCAAAUCCUUCUUCUGUCGAAUCAGAGGAGGGAAAGACCGGGAUGGAGAUAUGCACUAUAGUCCGUUCCGCAUCACUCCGUACCUGCUGAAGGUUCAGGGUUCCAGUGGAGAGGAGGAACCGUCUUGUCUGGCCCUCGCCGAACGCAUCAUCUCAGGAUAUGAGGCUCCUCGCAUUCCUAUGGACAAGCGCAUUUUCAGCACGACUCAUUCACCAGGAUGUGUCUUUUUAGAAGUGGAUGACCGUGCGGUGCCUUUGCUCGGCUACCUCCCACAAGACCUGAUUGGUACCUCAAUCCUGACCUGCCUACAUCCAGAAGACCGGCUGCUCAUGCUGGCCAUGCACCGCAAAAUUGUGAAGUACGCUGGUCAGCCACCGUUUGAGCAUUCGCCCAUCCGCUUCCGCUGUCAGAACGGAGAUUACGUCACCCUGGAUUCCAGCUGGUCCAGCUUCAUCAACCCAUGGAGCCGCAAGGUGGCGUUUAUCAUCGGCAGGCACAAAGUUCGCACUGGACCUCUGAAUGAGGAUGUUUUCGCUGCACGGAGUAAAGCCGAUCGACCAGUCAUGUGUGAAGAUGUCAAAGAGCUGCAAGCCAUGAUCUACAAGCUCUUCCUGCAGCCUGUUCAUAAUAAUGGAUCCAGUGGUUAUGGCAGUCUGGGCAGUAACGGCUCUCACGAGCACUACAUCAGCGUGGCUUCGUCCAGCGACAGUAAUGGAAACCUCUGGGAGGAUUCGCACAGAGAACCAAUGACACUGCAGCAGUUUUGUUCUGACGUUAAUAAAGUGAAGAACUGGGGCCAGCAAGCAUAUUUGGAUUCGCGGAAGAAACUCACACCUUUAGGACCAGCAACCGCAGUUGCAGGAGCAGGUGUUCAUCCGAGCUCCUGUCAGGAUUUGGGGAUCCGGGAUCACCUGAAACAGUCUCUGCAAAAGGCCCGGAAACAACCACACAUUCCUUCCUACCAGCAGAUCAACUGUGUGGACAGCAUCAUCAGAUAUCUUGAAAGCUGUGCAACAUCGGCUCUUAAAAGAAAGUGUGAAUCUCUGUCCAUCACUACUUCUUCCUCGUCCUCCACGUCAGAAGAAGACAAACCUGCAGCGGCUGCACAUGGAAACACUGACGAGGCUGCGCUGGACGCCGCUCGAGCUCUGGACAGUCAGGUGUCUGCGGGAUCAGCCACGACGGCAGCGGUGGUCGGAGCUCCACUAACAGACAUCACCAUCUCCACUGAGGCCAUGAGUGUGGUGUCUGUGACAAGUCAAUGCAGCUACAGCAGCACCAUCGUCCACGUCCCACAGCCCGAGUCCGAAGUCACUGCUUUAGAAGAUGCUCCGAUGGGCAGUGAGCCUGCAGACUCCGCCCCUGCCCCUGCAAGCCCCACCCCUGACUCUGGCUCUGCCUCCACGUCUCAAGAGGAGCUGCUGGUGCUGGGACUGACCAAAGAGGUGCUGUCGGCUCACACACAAAAAGAAGAGCAGCAGUUUGUGGACCGAUUCCGCCAUCGUAUCCUGCAGAGUCCAUACAGCUCGUACCUGCAGCAGGACAACAGCAGCAAUGCACAUUCACAUCACAGAGGUGAUGUUGUUCGACCACCAAACAAACACAAGCGUCCCAAACCAGAGGAUUCGUCCGACAGCUAUGAAUGCUCUCAGCCGGGCAACUACUGGUCUCUUCCAGGACCCACAGCAGCGCCUCACUCCUCCUGGCCAUCCUCAGAGUCCUCUCAGCCUCCGCCAUCCAACAUCGGCUUUGUGCCGCCCAUGGCAGUACCCAUGCAAACACCCCCGUACUUCAACAUCAUGGGUGCGGAUCAGCAGCCCGUGAUGCUUCAGCCGGAUCCAGGAGUCCAGAACCUCCAGCCAAUGACACCCAUGAUGGUGGUCCUGCUUCCCAGCUUCCCCAUGUACCCCCCAAACAAUGGCAUGUAUUUUCCUAUGGCGGCACCAGGGGUGGUUCCCUAUAACAUGGGUGGCUUCGUCCCACCGGGAGCCCCGGUGCCAGCUGAUGCUCAUAAUCUGGAGUCUGCUGGAGCCGGCGUGCCAGCAGAGCCGGACUCUAUCCCUGAGCCGUGGUUUGGGGAGGAUCUGGAUGCAGCUCAGCCCACAGCGCUGUUCUCCAGCUCUCGCUCCAGUUCUCCCAUCCAGCUCAAUCUGCUGCAGGAGGAGCUGACCAAACCCAGUGAAGCUCAGACCUCCACCAAUGCUGACAGUCUGCAGGAACACCACACCAAAACGGAUGAUGCUCGCAGUGAGUGUGGUCAUCAGGACGCUCACUCUUCCUCCAGUGAGAUGCUGGAUCAGCUGCUGCAGGAAGACGCUCGCUCCGGCACCGGCUCCAACGCCUCGGGGAGCGGCUCCGGAGAAUCAGGAGGAUCACUGGGCUCUGGAUCAGGACUAGGCUCAAACGGGAUGUCCACUGGCAGCAGCAACAGCAGCAAGUAUUUUGCCAGCAAUGAUUCCUCAGACACGUCCAGGAAAGCACGCAAAUCUGCCGAGGCCCAGGAACGAGAGCGAAGCGGCUUCAAGAAACACGUGGACGACCCUCUGUGGAGCAUGAUCAAGCAGACGCCUGAACCCGUCAUGUUGACCUACCAGAUCAGCUCCAGGGAUCAGGCUCAGGUUCUUCAGGAGGAUCGAGAGAAGCUGAUUCUGAUGCAGCCCAUGCAGCCCUGGUUCACUCCAGACCAGAAGAAGGAGCUGGCUGAGGUUCAUCCCUGGAUCCAGCAGAACACCGUCCCGCAGGAGAUCAACACACAGGGUUGUGUAAGUUGUACCACAAUAGAGCCGAAUGAGGAGCUGAAUCUUCAAACUGACUCUCCAAACCCUCAGACUCCUGACAUCUCCUGUCCACAAGACUGUCCAUCACAUGACAACAGACCCGAUGCAGACACCUGACAUCACUCCAGCCCUCAGCCAAUCCGAGCAGCCGCUGGUCCCGCACCCACACAAAGAGCCGAUUCCUGUCUGCUCACAGUGAGUCCAUACACUCGCAGGAGAUGGACAUCUCUCCGUUACAGACCAUGGACCCAAAUUACUGUGAAUAUCAGAGUAUAAUUUGGUAGUGAUAUUUGUGUUUAGUUGCUCUAAUAUGUCUUUUUUUAAGCUGUUUUUAAAGGGGUCAUGAACUGAGAAAUUUCGAAUUUAUUAAAAUUAAUUCCUAUAACAGGUCAAUGCUCUAUAAAAACAUCCAGCAAGUUUCAAAAUGCUAAAUAAUCUCCUCAGUUUUAAAAACAGCCUAUUAUUGAAGCCAGUCUGCCAAAACGACAGGUUAUGAAUGUGCCUCUUUAUUAUGUAAUAGUGCGACUAAACCCCGCCUCCAAAGAAAAUCAACACCCACUUUUACAUUAUUUUCUGUUUAGCUCCGCCCACUGAUUCACAUUGUAUUAGGAAAAUAGCUAAAGCCAAAUUGCGGAAAAGCACAGAGCACAUCAAAUAGGAUUCAAUGGCGAGUUUCACUUCACAAUUUUCUUUAAUGGCUUGUAACUACUUUCCGCGAAUGUUUGACCCAGGUGUUCAUUGCCAUAGUGGUAAAACAAUGUGGAAAAGCUUACACAAUAAAUACACAAGGAAAAAAAGUGUGAGGGUCACUACUUUUUUUCUGUGCAACAAGCGAGUGUUAGAAGCGUAACGUUGUGCAGCGCCACCUUGUGUCCCAGGGUAUUUCUGUUUUUCAUUAAAGGUGCUACAGUAUAUGUACAUUUUUGACUCUUCUAAAGCAUUAAAAUACAGCAGAUAUUUAAGAAACAUGUUAAGGGAACAUACUCGUUUGUCUGAAAAAAGCAAUGAUAGUAAUUUAUUCUUCCACUUAUUUAAGUGUGCGUUUCGUGUCAGAAUGUCUGUCUUUUGUUUUGGUAUUUGUAACUCCGCCCACUGCCAGUUUACUUAAUUAUGUUUCGGCACUCGGGUUGCCUUGGUGGAAAAUUUAUUUCAUUUCAGUCAUGAAGGCUGUAUCCAUGUAUAAGCCAAAUAUGUGACCACCGCAGGACAGUAGCAGCAGCCUCAAAAUGAGACACACUUUUUUCUUCGCAUUAGUCCCUGAUUAUUAGGGGUCGCCACAGCGGAAUGAACUGCCAGCUAUUCCGGCAUAUGUUUUACGCAGCGGAUGCCCUUCCAACCACAACCCAGUUGUGAAACACCCUGCUGAAACACCCAUAUAGUCUCACAUUUACACACGCACUCAUACACUAUGGCCAAUUUAGUUCAUCCAAUUCACUUAUAGCGCAUGUGUUUGGACUGUGGGGGAAACCGGAGCACCCGGAGGAAACCAAAGCCAUCACGGGGACAACAUGCAAACCUUAUUGCUGUGAGGUGACGGUACUAAACACUGAGCCACUGUGCUGUGACACAGAUUUAGAGUUAUUAAAAUCCACAUGAGGUGGUUUUUAACUUGCAAGCGAUAGAAAUAUUACCAAUGGAAACAUUAUCUGAGCAGUUCACAGUGUCAUGCAGAGCACUGAAUCACUCUCUCUAGUUUACCCGCAGGAUGUUUUUCACCUCAAGCUAAUUUUCCACUUGAUUAUUUGAAAAAUAAUCACAAUUGGCACACAGUCUAUGUGAUCGCUGCAAAUAUGUUGUGCAUUUCACUUCAUUCUUGCCGCCUGGUGGAAAAUAUACUAAUCUACUUGGGUGAAUACUUUCGAUUUCGACUCGUUGUUGGGGUCAUCAAUCUGACAUCUUGUGUGUGCGUCAAAACAAACCAUCUAGUAUUUUAAAUUUGGACUUCAGUACCUAGUUCAACCACUAGGGUGUCAUACUCUAUCAUACUUAGUGCUCUUUGGCCGCUAUCGAUUGACACGCCAUUGAUUGACACGAUUGGCGCAAAGUCUGCGUUAUUGUGCAAAUACGUUGUGUAUUUUGCUUCAUUCUCGCCGACCAGUGGAAAAAGUUAUUAAUCUACCUGCGUGAAUACUUUCGAUUUUGAGUCGCUUCUGUUGAUACCGUCGAUCUUGCAUCUUGUGUGUGCAUCAAAACAAACCAUCCAGUAUUUUGGAUUUGGACUGCAAUACCUAGUUCAACCACUAGGUCCUACAUACUCAGUCCUACAUACUGUACCUUUAACAGCCAUCUAAUAUCAGCAGGUGAUUUUGCAUGUUCACUCAACUCAUCUGCGGUAAAAACUGCUUGGGCGCGAAUGCCAAAAAACUGUUUUGGAAAACAGUUGAGUGAUUAAAGAGUUGGUUCAGAGGUGGUUUUUAAUUUGCAAGCGAUAGAAAUAUUAGCAAUGUAAACAUUACUUGAGCAGUUUGCAGUGUAAUGCAGAGCAAUGAAUCACUCCCUCUAGUUUACCCGCAGGAUGUUUUUUUUUACCUCAAGCUAAUUUUCAGAUCAAGAAUUAUUUGAAUUUGAACUAAGGACACGAUCGGUGCAAAGUCUGUGUAAUCUCUGCAAAUACAAUAUGCAAUUCGCUUCAUUCUCGCCGCCUAGUUGAAAUUCUCCUAUGUAAUCAAUCUACUUGCUUAUAUACUUUCGAUUUUGACUCGCUGCUGUUGUUGUCCUCAAUCUGACAUCUUGUGUGUGCAUCAAAACAAAGCAUUCAGUAUUUUUGAAUUUGAACCGCAGUACCUAGUUUAACCACUAGGUAGUCAUACUCAGUCUUACUUAAUGCACCUAUAGACACCGUCUAAUAUCAGGAAGUGAUUUUGCAUUUUCAUUCAUUUGUAGUAAAAAACUGCUUGGGCAUGAACGUCUCGGAAAAACAAUUGCGAUUACUAAACUAAACAGUUGAGUGAGUAAAGAGUCAUAAAAUCAAAUAGUGGUUUUUAAUUUGCAAGCGAUAGAAAUAUUACCAACGUAAACAUUAUCUGAGCAGUUUGCAGUGUCAUGCAGAGCACCGCAUCACUCUUUUUAGUUUACCUGUAGGAUGAUUUUAUUUAUUUUUUUUACUUCAAGCUAAUUUUCAGAUCAAGUCGCGCAAAGUCUGUGUGAUCUCUGCAAAUACGUUGUGUAUUUCGCUUCAUUCUCGUCGACCGGUGGAAAAUCGCCUUUGUAAUCUACUUGUGUGAAUACUUUCGAUUUUGACUCGCUGCUGUUGGUGUCAUUGAUCUUACAUCUUGUGUGUGCGUCAAAACAAACCAUCCAGUAUUUUGAAUUUGGACUGCAGUACCUAGUUCAACCACUAGGUCCUACAAACUCAGUCCUACAUACUGUACCUUCAACAGCCAUCUAUUAUCAGCAGGUGAUUUUGCAUUUUCACUCAACUCGUCUGCAGUAAAAAAAUGCUUGGGCCUGAAUGGCAAAAAAAUGUCUCGGACAAACGAUUGUGAUUAAAUUGAGUAAUAAACUUCCCAGUGUGUACGAGGCUAUAUAUGUAAAUAUAGUAGACUGUCGAACACGUGCAGAAACGCACACAUUCUUAAAUAUGUUAAACUGUCACACUAGUGGGCGUCAACCAUGAAUAUUCAAAUAGUGUAUUCAGAUGAGGGAUGUCAAACCUAUUAUUUCUAAAUGCUCAAGGUUGAUAUGUUAUAAGCAGACCUUGAGAACAGUACAAUCUCAUAAAACAGGCAGUUCAUGACCCUUUUAAUUAGAUAUAUGUCCUCCACUGAGCUCAGGAGGGUUUAUUAUCUCCAGUAGUGAGUUUCUCUCUGACCACUAAAUGAAUAUAAAUGUCCCACAAUGCCGCAGCAUCACUAAAGAACGUCUAAAAGCACCAAAACUGAAUGAAAAUCAACACUUUUAACAGCUGCUUGUUUUGCUUUAUUUUCCUUUACGAUCCUUUUAAAUCUUUCCUGAGAGAUGAUUCAUUUAAGUCAAACACGUCAUUUGAAUGAGGCCUUAAAUCUGUUUUUCCUGUCCACGUGUUUGUUUGUUUUCAUCUAUAGAUGUGACUGAAAGAUGUCCAGCAAGGUUUUAUGGUUUAACACUCUCAGCGAUGGUGUAAUUCGAAGAUAUAGACAGAUUUUUUUUUCGUGGAUGACAAAAACACACGUGUCUUGUUUUUCUUGAAGCUUGGGAUGAAAAUAUAUUAUUUAAAAGUAAUUGCGAGAUUUUGUGUCAAUUCUGAGGGGAAAAAAAAACAAAGAUAUGAAUAUAAAUCAGAAAUAUUUUUGAUUGACUAAACUAAGUACAAGGUAUUAACUUCCAAUUACAUAAUUUGUUUUUUAUGCUUAAAGAAGCUUGCAUUUUUCACCCAAGUAAAAAUUUCAGGACAAAUAAAAAACAUGAUAAUAUAAUAAAGAAUAACAUAAGUGUGUGUAUAUAUAUACACUACCUGACUAAAGUAUUGUCGCCGAUUCAAGUUUUAGGAACAACAAAUAAUAACUUGACUUCUAGUUGAUCAUUUGGUGUCAGAAGUGGCUUAUAUGAAAGGCAAAGGCCUCUAGAUUACACUUAUUUUACCAAAAUAAAAUAUGAUCAUGUCUUGAUUUUGAAUGAUUUCAUUAGGACAGUAAGAUCUGACUUUGCUUAGACUAAAGUCUUGUCAUUUAACAGAAAUAAUGUACAGUAUAGAAUAUAAAGUCAUGCUGCAGUGGAAAAAGACUGAAUAUUGUGUCUGACUCCAUCAUGAGCUUGGAGGACUGCAUCCAGACAUCUCUGCAAUGACUCAAAUCACUUAUUAAUAAAGUCAUCUGGAAUGACAAAGAAAGCGUUCUUGCAGGACUCCCAGAGUUCAUCAAGAUUCUUCAGAUUCAUCUUCAAUGCCUCCUCCUUCAUCUUACCCCAGACAUGCUCAAUAAUGUUCAUGUCUGGGGGCUGGCCAAUCCUGGAGCACCUUGACCUUCUUUGCUUUCAGGAACUUUGAUGUGGAGGCUGAAGUAUGAGAAGGAGCGCUAUCCUGCUGAAGAAUUUGCCCUCUCCUGUGGUUUGUAAUGUAAUGGGCAGCACAGAUGUCUUGAUACCUCAGGCUGUUGAUGUUGAAAUCCACUCUGCAGAUCUCUUGCACGCUCCCAUACUGAAUGUAACCCCAAACCAUGAUAUUUCCUUCACCAAAUUUGACUGAAUUCUGUGACAAUCAUGGGUCCAUGUGGGUUCCAGUAGGUCUUCUGCAGUAUUUGUGAUGAUUGAGAUGCAGUUCAACAGAUGAUUCAUCAGAAAAAUCGACCUUCUGCCACUUUUCCAGUUGAUCAACUAGAAAUCAAGUUAUUAUUUGUUGCUCUUACAACUGGGAUCGACGACAAGACUUGUCAGGUAGUGUAUACAUUGAAAAUUUAAUAAUUUUGAAAAAAUACAAAUCUAUUAAAUCCUUAAAACAAUUAUAUUGUAUAUUAUUAUUAUUAUUAUUAUUAUUAUUAUUAUUAUUAUUAUUAUAUUUCUAUAAUAAUAUCACAUUUCAUGCUCUUCACUAGUAAACUAUAAAACUCAUCAAAUCCUUCGCAGAGUACUCAGAAAGACCAGCUCACUGCAGCGGUCCACAUUUGCACCAAACCUCAUUUUCAUCAUCUUGUGUUUUUUUCUUUAUUUAUUGACCUGUCAUGUUCAGAAGAGGGUGUGUGUGUGUUUGUUUGUGUGUGUGUUUUCUGUGGUUUUCCCCAUUUUCACAUUAGAUGUAGUUCUAGAGCGCCGCUGUCGCCACCCAACACAAAGCUUCUGAUCUGUACAGUUUUGUGAUCAAAAGAUAGAUUUUGUACAGUUUUUAGAGAGAAGUGUAAAUAUCACUAUAAUGUAUUUUACGUAAAAAACAAAAAAAAACAAGGUGCAAAAUUCAGUUAACUGUAUGAAAAAGCCAUUUUGUCUCAAAUUUCAGGGAACUAUUUUGUGACGCCACAUGAUGACUAUGAAUAAAGACCACAAUGACUUCAA